AUGGCAACUCUCCGAAAAACUAGAAAGCCCAGAACUAAUAACUUUACCUCGAUUUUGGACCUGUUCCUAGAAAAAUAUAACUUAUCGGCCGAAUCAAACCUGCUUCAAUUACGUGCUCAUGCUGAUGAGCUUGGUACUAUGCUACCAGAUUGGAAAGCCCGCAAAAGUGUGAAAGAAGCUCUUCGCCGGCGCCUAUUCAAAGACAAUCAAAUAGAAGCUCUUGUACCAGACAAAAGGAAUGAAAAACUUACUAUCAAAGAGAGAGCUCAAUACUGUGCGAAAUCUGAAGAUGUGUGGGAUAUUUGGUUACAUGCUUUAGAUUUAAUCAAGACAAAAAAUGAUAGUGAUGAAGAAAUUGUCGCAUCCAGCUCACAUCUUGCAUUAUUUCGUAAGGAAUUAAAAGAAGCUGGAGUUGAUUCUAAAGUAAUUGAUAUAUAUGCUAAAUUUCCAGAACGUACACAAGCUUCUAACAAAAUCCAGAAAAAGCAACUUGUACAGCGACUAACCAAUCCGUUUAGAACUCCUAAUACUCCUAAACACUUCUCCUUAGAGGAGGGACUUAGAAGAAUCCAAAAUAUGGAUACUACUAAAAUUCCAACUAUGCAGGAUCUUGCAGACGUAAUUAUGAUGUUAAGCAUGAGGCCCGCUGAAGUUACUACUCUUCGUAUUAUCCAUUAUAAACCUGAUGAAUCAGACCCUCCAGAAUGGUUCAAACCCGAUUAUUCUUGGUAUUGUACAGGAUAUAUUAAGAAUAAGGGAGAAAAGAAGGUUAAUCCUGAGCCUCGACAAUUCCUUUCCAUGGAAAAGAAUCCAGAGCGUGCAAGAGAAUUACUUACUUGGAUUCAAGAUGCCAUAUCGAUGAAAAAGUUACGUCAUCCUGUAUAUAGUGAUAAUGGAAAAUGUAAUAUCAGAGCUUUUGGCAAAUUUUUAAAGCAAUAUAAUAUUACAGCCAAAAGAUUGAGAAAAAUAGGAGGCAAGCAUGCUUCUAGAGUGCACGGUGGUCAAAAUCCAACGACCCAACAACUCAAUUUACUUGCUAGAAUUGCAAUGAGACAUAAGAUAGACUUUAGACUAUUAGUAUCGGUUCCGGUGGAAUUCCCAAAUAAAACUCUUACAUUGCUUGAUGGAACUAGUUAUGAGGUUAAGUGUAAUUGA